UACAUCGGGUCGCUCAUUUCACUCAACUCUAACCUCGACGUCAAUUAAAACCAAGCCGGAUGCUCUACAUCCAUCGGCACGCUUCCCGAACACCACGGAAGAUAAGCCCAGUCAGUUUAUAAAGGGACCCUCACGAAGACUCUAACAAUGAGAGAUAUCCCCGACCCGUUGGUGCUCUUCCGUAGACCAUAAUGCAUUAAGAUCUGUCUCAGCUCCAUUCAUCACGAGCCCAACUCUCUCCCAUUCUGAUAUCUUUUCUUUCACAAGCUAAUUUACCCCAUUGAUUAUUUCCGAAGCUUGUCUCAAAGUCCAUCUGCCAUGUCAGCAGACGCAAACGGAUAUUCAAAUGAGUUGAUGGCCAGCUACGCCGCUUCUGGCUUCACAGCCGGCCCAGGAGAGAAGAAAGGCGGCUAUCCAUUCGGAGACCAUCCAGCUCUGCUCGUCAUAGAUGCUUGCAACGCGUAUAUUACCGAAGGAAGUCCGUUGUAUGGGAAAGAUCGCUUCCAAACGGCGCUAGAGUCAUGCGAGAAGACAAUAUCACUGUGCCGAAAAAAGAGGAUCCCCGUAAUAUUCACCAGAGUGGUGUAUCACGACAGAGGCGCAGAUUGGGGCAAUUGUACCUCCGGGUGUGUGAGAGCGACGACUGUUGAUGCAACACAGUAUGGCUUCAACCCAUACGUGAUCGAGGACGCUUGUGGUGAUCGAGACGAAUGCCCUCAUAAGGCCAACUUAUUUGACAUGAAAGCGAAGUGUGCAGAAGUAGUCACUUCAAACGAUUUGGCAAUGCUCAUUAAAGACAAGACGUUUUUGUAUAGCUCAGUUUGGACUUCAAUCCAUGCGUCUUUAUCACACCCUCGAGCUUCUUAGGUCCUAUUAUCUGCCCCUCUCAAGCCUCCGGGGGGUGUCUCACGUAGUUCGGUAUACCCGCAGCCGUUACAUCAACGCGCCGUGAUUCAAACCCCGUACCAUAGUUCGUCCAGAUGUCCAACUCACGCUCUCGAGCUCUUGACAUCCUGUAAUAUUCUCCUCUCAUACGCCCAGGAGUGUCUCGUGUGGUCCGGUAUACCCGCAGCCGUAUUUCCAAC